UGCCAAGAUUGGAGAAGUUAUUGCCUUCACUUACUCGAGAUGACAUCAAGGAUCUGUUUCCUGGUCCUGAAAAUGUUCACAGGCGGCGGGCUAUAUGGCUUGUUGUGAAUAAGGUUGAAACGCUAAGUUCCAUAUUAUGCACAUUAAGUUAAGAUAAUGAUAAAAUGUAAGUGCAUCCACAGGUCUAUCUGAUAGCAUCAAUUUACAAAUAUUUUCAUUUUAAAAUUGUAUUUAUUUUAGCCAAAGCUCAUUCUUUGGUUAAAAAAAGGCUUGACAAGUCAGUGUAACAAUAGUGUAAGUCCAUAUUUAAACAAAAUUCAGCAUGAUCUCUGUUCUUCGUGGGCAGUUAUAUAACAGUUAAUUGUUAUUGCACAGGGGUCUCAUGUUGUAUGGGCUUUACAUUUUGGCUGGGCUAUAUGAUUAUUACAGAGCAAAAAACUCAUUCUGUGGGAAUAUAUUUAUGACGGAAAGUUAUCCUAUGAAAUAUGUAAAUGUGAAUGUAUUUUAGGUGGAGACUGCUGCUGAACUACCACAACCAUCAGCGACUGGAGGCAGUAGUCCUUCACAAGAAGAGCCCAACCCUUCCAAGUUCGUGGUUAUGUCCAGCCCAGAAUACGUAGUUUACACAGACAGUGAACUUGAACAGGUGCGACGCUCCUACUUCGAGCAGAAACGGUUGGGGACUGAGAACAUCGUGGAUUUAUCUAAGGAGCUCUUCUGCCGGCUCAUUAGAAACACUAUGUGUAAUAUGAUGUCAAUUGCAAGAGCCACAAAAGAUGCCAGAUACCCAACAAGACCAGAGGUCAAUGCCAUGGCAAAGCGAUUGGUGGAAUAUUAUCCAAUGCUAAAAGACUGGGGGCAUGUUGCCAAAAAGCUCAUGAAGAGGCUAUCGAAUGUAAGAAGUCCCCAGAAGGGCACUCCUACUGCAAAGAAACAACGGCGUGAUGUUGGGGAAAUAACUACAAGUGACUACGACGGGGAUUCAAGUGCUUCUACGGUCAUUCUUGAGCAGUCCCCAGUCAGAGCCAGCACCCCAGUGCAACACCUGGAUAGCAGUGAUGAAUGUGGUUUGGGUGACUUCUUGGACAGCCAGAAAAGCCAGGCAAGGCACUUCAAGACACUGCAAGAGAUGUGCCGGUCCAGGAAGCCAAAAAAAGCUUCAGUAACCCAUUUGCUGAACUUGGAGUUUCAGGCGAGAAGACGCUUUAUAACCUCUGACACUCUUAGAGAGCAAGACCGACCCAGCAAGAUUCUGGAGGCAUAUUCCUGUUUCAAAGACUUGGAUCAUGUCCUAGAUGAGUUGCAAAGGAUAAUACAGCCAAACAAUGCCCACUACAUCUCGGAGAUGAGGAAGAGAUGGGACGACUUUUAUUCAAAGGUCCAAUUUUAUGGGGUGAUGAAGAAAGUGAUGAAACCCCCUAAAACGUUGGAUGGAGUGGAACAUGCCACUGCUGUGUUCAGAGCCCUGCCACUGCUCUUCUCAUCCAGCACUAUGCCACCUAAGAAGCUGGGCGCAAGCAGCGAGGCUGUUUUCCAUGUCCUUACGGCUUCAGAAGACCCUGAUGCAUACUUGCGCCAGCGACCCCUGUCCUGUCCAGUUUUGCUCGUCUAUGAGGAUAACUGCAUGAUCGCCAUUGGAAACACACCAGUGACCACCUUUGACAGGAAGAAGUUUCAUGAAGGCCUGCUCUACCUCUUGGGGUAUUACUAUUGCCUGCACCUCACUUAUCCAAAGUUCAUUUCCACACUGCUCUCAGUAUUGCAAACUGAGGUUCUCCAGGACUCCCUCCAUGACCGAGAUUUAACUGCUUCCUACAAAAAAGCCAUUGCCGAGUGGAGGUCCUUCAUUGAGUGAUUGACUAUUGAUAUCUCUAACUAAAAAAACAGCUCAGUUUGAGAGUCAGGCCCAUGUUAGCCACGUGUUUGCUGAGGUCCUUCAUUGAAUAUGUUACUGUUUGACAUGUUUGUUUCUGUCAAAUAUUCAAAACAGCAGCUGGAAGUGUUUUGUUUUGUUUUUAUUAUUUUAGUUUUUACUUUGUUUGAAUAGCUGCAUAUUUUCUCAAAUCUCUUAAUAAACAAAAUGCUAAAAACAAGAUGCUUCUGUGCCUUAAUUUGAGACGAAUGAACUUAUUUUUAUU